GAGGAUGCCUCAGCGGCAGGCCCCGCCCACUCAUCCCGCGCGCGGUGCAGACGCGACACUCCGGAGCCGACCAGGCGAGAGCAUCGCACGCCGUACGCACCUCCGCCCGCCACGCCACAGGGGAGUCGAACCCGGGACCCGGGGGGAUGGGCAACGUCCCCGCCGCGGUGAAGCACUGCCUGAGCUACGAGCAGCUGAUCCAGGACUACCCGUGGCUGGCUCACAGGCUACAGGAGGCGCAGAAUGGACCUGUGCACAGAUAUCCAGAGUUUGUUAAAGUUGUUGAAGUUGGACCAAGAGAUGGACUCCAAAAUGAAAAGGAAAUGGUCCCGACAGAAGUGAAAAUCCAGCUGAUAGACAUGCUGUCGGAGACGGGUCUCUCCGUAAUCGAGGCGACCGGCUUCGUGUCUUCAAAGUGGGUACCACAGAUGGCUGACGCUGACGCGGUGUUCCGGGGGAUAAACAGGUUACCUCAGGUGAAAUACCCGGUUUUAACACCGAAUCUGCGAGGCCUUGAGGCAGCCGUUGCUGCUGGUGCUUCUGAAGUGGCUGUGUUUGCGUCGGCCUCAGAGGCCUUCAGCCAGAAGAACAUCAACUGCUCCGUGGCGGAGAGCAUGGAGAGGUACGAGGAGGUCAUCAGGGCGGCCAGGGAGGCGCAGAUCAACGUCAGAGGGUAUGUUUCCUGUGCUCUGGGAUGCCCAUAUGAGGGAAAUGUAGCACCUGCCAAAGUGACAGAGGUGGCGAAGAAGCUGUACGGCCUGGGCUGUUAUGAGGUCUCCCUGGGCGACACCAUCGGCGUAGGAACGCCGGGCGCCAUGGCGACGCUGCUGGAGAGCGUGCUGAAGGAGGUGCCCGGGCACGCCCUGGGCGUGCACUGCCACGAUACCUACGGGCAGGCCCUGGCCAACAUUCUCCUGGCGCUACAGAUGGGGAUUUCCGUGGUGGAUUCGUCGGUGGCGGGCCUGGGGGGCUGUCCGUACGCCCGGGGGGCCACAGGAAACGUGGCCACCGAGGACGUCCUGUACAUGCUGCACGGCCUGGGGAUUAACACGGGAGUGGAUCUCUCCAAGGUGAUGGACGCGGGGGACUUCAUCUGCAAGGCUUUGAACCGCCAGACCGGCUCCAAGGUCGCCCGAGCCCACUGCCGACCCUAGCUCCCCAUCCGGAGCCUCGAUGUCACUUUCACGUCUGUCCCUUUACGCGAAGCUAGCCAGUACUCUCUGUGAUACUGUAUGUAUACGUAGUGUGCUCUCCUAUCUCUAUGCUGCAAAAAGAAAAAAUUCCUCAGAGAUUUCAUACUUGUAAGACACUAUGUGCACUUUAGUUAUAAUUGCUACUGAGGGAAAAUUUUAUGGUCAUUGUCUCUCUGUUUUUCUGACCAAAAACCUUCACAGACAUUUACCUAUUUACAGUAUAUAAACUCUAUGUGUAUGUAUUUAUGCACUGCCACUGUGCAGGCUACUGUAUAUUAACUGAAGUUAAUCUAUAUAUGUGCGUACUAUCUAAUACAAGUACUGUAUGCAUUCAUGUACAGUAAGUGUGUCUGAAUGAAUGUAUGAACUGAUUGUGAGCUGGAUAUUGUAUGUAUGUCUGUGUGUGUGAAUGAAUGCAUGGAUGUUUUUACGAGUGCAUAUGUAUGUCUGUGUAUGUAAUGCUACCCUAUUGAAGAAUACAUGCAUUAAUUUCAUAUGUAUUAUGUAAUAACUGUGUUUUGAGUGCUGUGUGUAUGUGUCGUAUGCAUGUACUGUCUGUGUGCGUACAUACUGUGCCCUUCAAAAGUAUGGUAAUGGUGGAGUGGUACAAAUGGUAAAAUUUGUUAUUUUCUUUCUGUAUACUUAAGGCAUUUGGAUUUGACAUCAAAAGAUAAAUAUGAGACAAAAGUACGAUCAGAUUUUAUUGAUCAAAGAAACAAAGAUUAACUGAAAGUGGCUACAGUUAAUGCCAGGAAAGACAUUUCCAAAGAUACCAAGCAUUUUGUGAUGGCAUCGGGUUGUAGACUUGAUGCAAUUAUUGAAUUUAAAGGCUAUGAAAAAAAAUAUUUAUUGCUUUAAUUUACUUUUAAGUUAAUCCGUUGAACAGUUUCUGUAAAAUUGUAAAACAUGUAUGCAUGUAAAUACCUGGAAAUAAAAGCUGAUUGUCUGUA